UAUAAAGACACGAGAUCAGUCGCUGCUCAGUAGCGUCAUUUCUCUAAAAUUAAGUGAAUCGUAUCUUUCAGUUCUAACUUACAAUAAGGAUGAUUGAUCUACUUGUAUAGUACAAUAGUACUUUAAUAUACGGAUUACUGAAGAAGUUAUUAUUUAACAAAUUAUUAAUGAAGACAAGAUUUGUGUCAUCGACGGACUCCGCGGCUUGAAACAACAAUACGAUGGUGUCACUGAAGGGAAUCUUUUUAUUGUUUAUGUUCGGGUAUUCUCAAGAAUCAAUAAUUGGGCAUUUAAAUAGAUCUUGUGAGCACAGCACUUUUUGCGAAACUGUUCCACAUUAUCCAACGGAUUUAGUGAACAUCGCGUUGGAGAAAAAUCCCCACCUCAGAUAUUUAUCCUAUAGUGAAGAGUGCGGCGUCAGUUCUUUGGAGCUAACAGAGGACUUUCCGUUUGGGCGGUGUCAGUUCCCAGGGACUGACAGCGAAACUAUCGUUUCGACGGCAUCGGCGCAUGGGACCGGCAGUAUCAAGCUUGAUCAGUCGACACGCCAUGAAGAAGGACCAGAAGAAGAAGCAUUGUGUUUGUCUAUCGAAGAAGUUGUGUUUCCUAAAUUCGGUCUUACCAAAAACAAGCAAUGGAAAUACAUCGUGAAUCACGCGAGCUUGAAACAAAGUGUGCACAUCGAAAUUUGCUUAGAAGAAGACAAGCCGUGCCAUGUAAUCGAUGGCUUCGCCGCGGGUUACGUUACCAGUUGCAAGCAAAAAUAUAUCUACCACCAACUUUUUGCGAUGGGACCAAAUGGCACUAUAAACCGGGAAUCUUUUCGAUUUCCGGCCAGUUGUUGUUGUCGCGUUGAAUUUCAAGGUGACAGAUUCUUGAAGAGCAUUCCUUCUGGAGAUUAACCUACGAACGGCGAAACUUUCUGAUAAAAUGUAACUAGGUUAUAUUUAUCUUAUUAUUUAUCAAUUUUUUUCAACAUAUGUCUUAUGUAUUCCUUCUAGAUAUGUUAGUUUUUCUAAAGGCUUCGUCGAAACAUGUGAAAAUUGAUGUUAGUUGUCACAAACUUGACAUUCAAAUAUCAAUUUUUCCAGUCUGGGUCCGAAUGGACCCUGAAUCUGGCGUUCGAAUGUUAAUGCAAACUUCUGAUAAUUUUAAAUGAAAUUAAAACUGAAAUUUCGUGCAUAAUGUAAAUAAAAAUAUAUGUUUAAAGAAAAACUUA